GAUACAACAAAAUUUAUGCAACACCGUUAGUUGACCACAACUGGGAGGCGGUUAGUACAGUUGUGAUGAGAACGUAUCACGAAAAUCUGUCACAUGAAAGUCAAACUCGAGCAAGAAGUAAAGGAUGCAAAGCAGGACGUACAUCAAGAUACGGAGUGUCCUACGCACCAAAAUUAAGCUGCAACCUACAUCUCGUCACUAAAGAAAAGUUGAACCAAGAAGAACGGGAAGGAGAAAGUGAAGAAGAAAAAGAGGAGGAAGAAGAGGGGGGGCAGAAAAAUAUUAUCUUUUUUCUCAAAAGCUUUUGUCGAAUCUUUACAAAUUCAGUUUGUGCAUUGGAACCUUCGGAAUCUCUGGACAAGUUGCAGCAUCUAGAGCCGUUACUUAAAAAUCAUUUGCUGCUGCAAGCGUCAAACUUUGAUCGUGGAACGGUCGAAUUCAUGAACUCCUGGGGAGAAGCGCCAAUGCUCGGACAUUGGAACCUUUAUGCCAAGGAGCUGCAGCUGUAUUUACCGAAUCCUGCAGAAUUCAUAUCCAUUCCGAUAGCAACAAUCAAUAAAAUUAGAGGCGUCCUGCGAUGGAGACGCCCGGAAGCAAAUGUGGUACUGGAAUCGUUGUGGGAUUCUUCUAUUCAGGCUGCCGCUUUAAGUUCCAGUGCCAAAUUGGCCCCACAGCCACCAAAAGAUGAGAACCCGUUUUGGGAUGGAACACCAGCUCUCCAACCAGAAUCAGAAACAAUUUUUUUAUAUUACGACGAAGAAGGGGAAAUUCGAUCUAGAACAUUGGGAGAUGAUGAAGAACUCGUUGGAGAACACGAUGUAUUUCUAAUUCCAUUGGUGGACGAUGAGUGGGAUGAAGUAGCUGUUGCCAUCGGGAGGACAUCAGAAAACAUUUCUGUUCAGUUUCCAGCCAAACGGCGUGUGAAUACAGACCGCUGCAAAGCAAUACACACAUUCAAAUAUGGACUGUCAUAUGCGCCUAGACUGAGCUGCAAGCUAAAUAUAAAAACUUUGGAGGAAUCUAUCAUCCGUCUUUUAAAACCAUGGACCCGUGUAUGCACGAAUGGGAUCGACGCAAUUGAACCCACCGACUGUAUCAAUAAAUUGGAACAUGUCGAACCUGAGUUGAAAGCUCACUUGCUGCAGCAGUCUCCAAAAUUUCCGGCAUCAACCGUUAAAUAUAUGAAGUCCUGGGGGGAGACCCCAAUGAAACAACAUUGGAAUUUAUUUGCACGCGAGUUCCAGGUCUACCUUCCCGAUCCUGCCCAAAUAUUUUCUGUUCCCGUCACAACGGUAAACGAAGUCAUCACACUUUUGGAAGGGGAUGAAAAUGCAGUAGAGUUACUAGCUGACCUAACUGGAGCCAAAGAUAAAGCUUCAUCUCUUCUUCAAAGAGCCCGCGUACGACCCCAGCCCUCUCAUGAAGAAAACCCGUUUUGGGGCAAGGGAAACAAAAUCACAUCAUCAGAAAUGGAUGACGCUAUUGAAUCAGUUAGGACCAAAGAAAGGGGUCUUCACGAAGCUGCAGCAUUUUAUAACGUUGACUAUGAAACUCUUAGACGUAGAACGAAGGAGACGGGAAUAGUUUCAAAAUUUGAACAAGGAGGUCAAAAACUUCCGAUUUCACUUGAAAUGGCUACAGCCAUUCAAUCUGUGAGAGACAGCAGGAAUUCAGAAAGACAAGCUGCAGCAGAAUAUGGCGUACCCCGUUCUACCCUCAAAAGUAGACUCAGUGAUGAAGGAAUAAUUUCAGCGUUCAAGAAAUAUUAACCCUGCAUAUUAACCAGUCCAUUAUAAAAUUUUAAAAAUUAUACGCCAAUGUUACAUAUGUGGUCAUUGGAAAUUUUCAUGGAAGUUGAUGUGGGUCCUUACGGUUGAAAAUUUGUCAAACUCUACUCCAAUAAAAAUU